CUUCUUCCUAUCCGACUAAAUCCUGUAGCUGCGGUCGUUGGCUUCCUAGCAUUAGAUCCCCGGUAAGUAGAAUACAAAAUCAAAUUUAUACUUGACUUUCUAUUUUUGUUUCUCUGGAUGGUUUUGGCGGAUGCGGUGCGGCACUUAAUAGAGUAAUCUUCCUCGUCUAGAGCAUACUACUUGUUAACGCGGCCAAAAAUAUUAUUGACAGAAGUAGUCCUGCAGAGUAAUAGUCCUCAAUGGUGGGUUCUUCAGAGCAAGAGACCAGUUCUAUUCCAUCUUCACCGUUUGAAGUGGAGCAGUCGCUUUUCGAACACUACCGGUUGAAAGUCGUUCAACUCUUCGAGCAGUGGAUCAAUCAAACGAUUUACGGCGAAGCACCGGGAAUAGAGUUAUGAAUACGAUUUGGAGGAAUAUCAAUAUUCUCAUAUAUGUUAGUACUCGAUUACGUUCAUGUGAAAUUCUCUUAGGCGUUCGUGGUCUUCUGUGUGGCUCUAUCGCUUUGUUUUGAAAGAUGAUGAUGUUUGAAGGAGGUGGUGCUGAUUGAAGAAGACGCUGAAGAGAAGGAUGAGAGGAGAAAGAAAGACGUAACACAAGUUUCGACGAAAUGUCUCUAUAUCUUGGACAUGCAAAAAAUUGCUCUACUUGUAGUACUACUACUAGGCUCCUCGUCUUUCUUUUUUCCAUCCGAGGUUAUUCUUAUUCUUUUCUGUAUCUAACAUCCGGUAUUUUGUUCAAACAAGAGAACUCGUCAGGGAAAUCUUAGGCAUCUUGCCGAAUAGAUUCAAGUCAUCAAGAGCAACAGAAUCAAUUUGUAUUAUGAGUCUAUUUCAUCUUCUACUACGAGUACAACUGUGACGACGACGAUAACUGCUCAGCAACUCAAGCGGCAAG